AUGCCGCGAACCAGCGCCGGGCGCAUCCGCGCCGCAGCCUUUCUGCUGCUUGGGACGCUCGCCUUUACCGUGUGGGCCAGAAGCACGACGACGACCACAACAACCGAGAAAUCCGAGCUUCCUUUGAUCGAGAAUCUCUCCCUCGCCGAACUCGAUUCUCAGCUCCAACAAUGCCCCAUCAUCGUCUCCCUCUCCCAAACCAAAGCCGCCCACCACGCCGCCGCCCCCUCCUCCCUAACCUCCCGUCUCUUCGCCAUCCUCUUCCCCUCCUCCCACCCCGCCAUCAACGCCCUCCUCGCGACCCUCUACAUCUCCGGCCCGCCCAAUUUCUUGUUGGCCCUCUGCCCAACCAACAUUGACCCCGCCUCGCUGAGUAUCAUGGUAGCGUUUGCGGUUGGCGGACUCUUGGGGGAUACGCUGUUUCAUUUACUACCGGAGAUCUUUUUGGGGGAGGAUGAGCCGGAUAGGGUGCGGAUGGUUUUGGUGGAGCCGAAUCGGAAUUUGUUGUUGGGGGUGGCGAUUUUGGGGGGGUUUUUGGUGUUUGUGGCGAUGGAUAAGGGGUUGAGGAUUGCGACGGGGGGUGGGGGGCAUGAUCAUGGGCAUGGGCAUGGGCAUGGGAAUGAGCAUGGGACACAGUCGGAUGAGACGGCGGAGGGGAAGUCCAGCGCGGUGGAGGGUGAAGAGAAGGCGGCAAAGCUGAGGAAGGGGAAGAAGGCGGAGGAAGUGACGGUGGCCGUGGAAGAAAAGAAGGAGGUCAACCCCUCCGUGAAACUAGGCGGGCUACUAAAUAUGAUCGCCGAUUUCACCCACAACAUCACCGACGGCCUCGCCAUGUCCGCCUCCUUCUACGCCUCCCCCACCAUCGGCGCCACCACCACCGUCGCCGUCUUCUUCCACGAAAUCCCCCACGAGGUCGGCGAUUUCGCCCUCCUCGUCCAAUCAGGCUUUUCCAAACGCCAGGCCAUGGGCGCUCAGUUCGUCACGGCUGUCGGCGCCCUCCUCGGCACUCUUAUCGGUAUUGCUGUGCAGGAAUUCGGCGGUGGCAGUAACACUAACAACGCGACCAACGGCGAUGGUGUCGGUGCCGGUGGUAGUGAGAUGGGCAUCCGGGACGGGCUUUGGGGCACGAGUCUCAGUUGGGGUGAUAUGUUGUUGCCCUUUACGGCGGGGACGUUCUUAUAUGUGGGCACGGUGGCUGUUAUUCCGGAGUUGUUGGAGACGGGGCCGAACAAGGCGGCUGAGCUGCGCAAGACGUUGGUACAGUUUGCGGCUAUUUUUGCGGGGGCGGGGAUUAUGUUGUAUAUUUCAUGGCAUGAUUAG